AUGCUUUUUAAAGACGAAGUGGUUACUGUUGUGGUGUCUGCUCCUUCUGCCUGCGGGAAGACCAAGUUGGUUACAAAGCUUUGCCAUGAUGCAGAUGUUAAAGGUACACAACGAGUCUUCGUUUUCUAUGCGAUUUCUCUUGGAAUAUUACAUGCAGAGAAGAUCAUGUUAUCUUUGUUGUUUCUCAUGUGGGAGGCUUGA